GAAAUGUUUAGCGCGGGAGUUGUUCCGAUUCAAGCGAAUGAUGAAGAUGUAUUUUGGCUCUUUCGUAAGCUAACUACUUUCGUGUGGCUUAACUAAAGCAUAUCUUCGGCCUUUCAAGCAUGAAUUUAUCAAACACAGAAGCAUUUGCUUUAAAUAAAUGGCAAAGAUGUUACUUCGAUUUCAAAUCAAGUGAUGUAACUUGUGCUCAAAAAGCAAAUGCCCUGAGAGGUAUCUUGUCCCAGGUUAAUGUUUCACAUGCAGCUGGAAGUAUUUCAAGUAAUGGUGCAGUGCUGCUGACAAAAAAAUAUGGAGGUCUGCUCUCAAGUUUAGUUGAUUCACAAACUGAGCUGAAUAACUAUGCAGAGGGCGCACUAAGCCUCUGUUCUAAUCAUAGGAAUGAAAGUCAAGAAUGGACAAGUUCUCUUACAUCUGAAAGUUUACUCCAACAUGAAUGCAUUCAGCAGAUCCUAAGAGAAGCAGAGGACUUCAAGGCAACUGCAAAAGAGGGAUCCAAUAUCAUUGUCACUAACAAACCAGAAUGUGCUAGACCUCUAAAUGUCCAGAAGAGUUAUAAUCCAGAAAAUGUUAGAUCAUCAUCAAUGCAACAUGAUCCAGGCCUUCCAACUAGUAGCAAUCAACCACGAGAUGGAUAUAACAGGACAAAAACAUUUAGUACUUAUACUAACUCUAGCAACAACUCAAUGUUCAACCCUGCAUUAUCAGUCUUUGGAAAUCAUCUUAAACCUGGACUGAAAGAAAUGGAACAGUCCACUUUCAAUUCAAUGACUGGUGGAAAUGGCAGGUCUAGUGUCAGCCAAAAUAAUCCGAAUAGAACAUUCUAUGAUUCAUGUUCAGGGCCUAACAAUCCUAAUAAAAGGUUCUAUGAUUCAGGGUCUAAGAAUCCUGUUUCAGAUUUAGGACGACAUAACCAAUUUGGAAAUAGGCUUUUUGGUAGUGAGAUGCCACAACAGCAGUCUGGUAACAAGCGAAAAAUACAUGAUAUGUAUAGUCAUCAAAAUGCUCAUGGCAGCAGAAAACCAAAUACUGGAGGCUUUGAAUAUGAUGAUGCACCUCAAGCUAAGCAAGUUAACAACUUUGUUACAGCAAGGGACCAGUUGUCCAUUAACAAUCAGAAGAAAAACAGUGGAGGAAGAGGCAACAGUAGUGUAGGAUCAACAGCUUCAUAUGGAGCCAGUCGAAAAGUGCUUGGAACUAACAGACGUGGAUUGCAUAGUAAAUUUGUUCCACCAAUUAUGAAUAAGGAAGACACCAAUCAGGAGAGAAUGGGUACCAGCCAAUUAACAAGUGGUUCUGCCGGUACUCAUGACGAUGAGCCUAUUGAUGAGCGUUUAAAGAAUAUAGAUCCCAAAAUGAUUGAACUUGUAAUGAAUGAGGUUAUGGAUCAUGGCCCACCAAUUCAUUGGGAUGAUAUAGCUGGACUAGAAUUUGCUAAAGCAACUAUUAAAGAAAUAGUUGUGUGGCCUAUGCUCAGACCGGAUAUUUUCCAUGGUUUGAGAGGACCUCCAAAAGGAUUGCUGUUGUUUGGUCCACCUGGUACAGGCAAGACACUCAUAGGCAAAUGUAUUGCUAACCAAUCAGGGGCAACAUUCUUUAGUAUUAGUGCAUCCUCCUUGACAUCAAAAUGGAUAGGUGAGGGUGAAAAAAUGGUGAGGGCGCUAUUUGCUGUAUCUAGAUGCCAUCAGCCGGCUGUAAUCUUCAUUGAUGAGAUUGAUUCGUUAUUGUCGCAGAGGUCAGCAGAUGAGCAUGAAUCGUCGAGGAGAAUAAAAACGGAGUUUCUAGUUCAAUUGGAUGGUGCUACAACAAAUUCUGAAGACAGACUGUUGGUGGUUGGUGCUACAAACCGCCCUCAUGAGAUAGAUGAAGCUGCUAGAAGACGUCUAGUUAAAAGGCUAUAUAUUCCUCUACCAGAUGCUCCUGCAAGAAAACAAAUUGUUGUAAACCUAUUGAGUAAACAAGCGUAUGUUCUAAAUGAGGAGGAACUGAAUGAUAUACAGCGUAAAACAGAAGGUUAUUCUGGUGCUGAUGUUGCCAACUUGUGUCGGGAGGCUGCUCUAGGACCUGUAAGGUGUAUCAAAGAUAUUCAACAAGUCUCUGCAGACCAGGUUCGUCCAAUACUCUUUGAAGAUUUCCAAGCGGCUCUAAAGACUGUUAGACCAAGUGUCUCCCAACAAGAUCUUAAGAUCUACUUAGAAUGGAAUAAACAGUAUGGCAGUGGUUCUUGAUUGAAACACUGGUAAACAAAGACUAAAAAGCAAGUGUCUUGACACUAUAACUCUAAUAUCUACUUACACAACAGAAUAGAAAUAUGGAAUCAUUUUAAGCAGAAGACAAACAAAAAGAAAUCGUCCAUUUAUAAUACUGUGAAGAAGGGAGGAGGAGCUCCUAUGAUUGAAUUAAAGAAAUUAUAUGUACAGUA